UUCGUUGUGACGUAUGCUGGAUGACAUUUGCCUAUGUCAAAAUCGUGAAAGUUUAUUUUGCUUUUCACCUUUUGCACUGGUGUACAGUAUAAUUAGCACAUAUGUUUACUUUUACAGUAUUAAUUACUGCCAUUAGCUAAUAACUUUAAGCGAGUGUUUUUACUUCACCAGUUGCUCAACAUAAGCCGCCACGAUUACUGCCAAAAUGCAAGGCGUGAGUGCUCCGCGGGAGCAGGCUCCGCCAGUGUUAAGUACGAGUUCCACAAUCCUCAACAUGAGAGAAAAAGAAAAAUACAUUGAAGAUUUCGACUUUCCCUUCUGCGAUGAGUCUUCCAAAUACGAGAAAGUCGCCAAGAUCGGGCAGGGAACCUUCGGCGAAGUGUUCAAAGCUCGCGCUCGAAAUAGUAGCAAGAAAUUCGUGGCUAUGAAGAAAGUGCUGAUGGACAACGAAAAAGAAGGCUUCCCAAUUACAGCUCUGCGUGAAAUCAAGAUCCUCCAACUACUCAAACAUGAAAACGUGGUGAAUCUUAUCGAAAUAUGUCGAACGAAGGCCACAUUACACAACAAAUAUAGAUCAACAUUUUAUCUAGUAUUCGACUUCUGUGAACACGAUUUGGCGGGCUUAUUGUCGAAUGUGAACGUAAAAUUCAGUUUAGGUGAAAUAAAAAAAGUGAUGCAGCAACUACUGAAUGGACUUUACUAUAUUCACAGCAACAAAAUCCUACACAGGGACAUGAAAGCUGCAAAUGUGUUGAUUACAAAGAAUGGUAUUUUGAAAUUGGCAGAUUUUGGUUUGGCGAGAGCCUUCAGUGUUGCGAAAUCGGGACAAGCCAACAAAUAUACAAAUAGGGUAGUGACUCUGUGGUAUAGGCCUCCAGAGCUAUUAUUAGGUGAUCGCAAUUAUGGACCUCCAGUAGAUAUGUGGGGCGCAGGCUGCAUUAUGGCGGAAAUGUGGACAAGGUCACCCAUUAUGCAGGGUCCGACAGAGCAGCAGCAAUUAAUACUGAUUUCCCAGUUGUGUGGGUCAUGCACUCCUGACGUAUGGCCCGGAGUGGAGAAUCUGGACUUGUACAACAAGAUGGAGCUACCCAAAGGUCAGAAGAGGAAAGUCAAGGAACGACUAAAGCACUAUGUAAAAGAUCCUUACGGUUGUGACUUGUUGGAUAAGUUGCUACAGUUGGAUCCGGCGAAGAGAUACGACGCGGACACCGCCCUCAACCACGACUUCUUCUGGACGGACCCGAUGCCCUGCGAGCUGGGCGGCAUGCUGGCGCAGCACACGCAGUCCAUGUUCGAAUACCUCGCGCCGCCUCGGAGGCCUGGACACCUGAGGCACCACCACCAUGCGCCCGCGCAGCCCAAGCCUGCGCCCAUGGACUCCACAUACCAGGACCGCGUGUUCUGAGCACACAAAUACUCCCGUCCUGGCCGAUUCGGCAAUCAACACCCUGGUGUCGAUUCUGGUCUCAUUCUCUAAACCCUGC